AUGGCCAGAAAAUUAAUUUCGAGCGAAAUGUUAUAUUGCGAUAGGGUAGAAAAAGAUUUCGACGAAGUGAAACCGAUCAUCGUUGAACUACUUGACGGCCAUAAGAAUUUGCUUAACAAUAUCCAAGAAAGUGUACAACAGUUGUCUGAUAGGCUCAGCCGCAAUAAUGAUAGAGACUUGAACACAUCUGCUCUUGUAAAUAAUUCGAAUGCCGAUUUGGUCAGCAGGAAAAAUUCCUGCAACAUCAACAACAACAACAUUGAAGAACAGUAUGAGACUGAAGAAAUUGACGACGACGAUGACGAUGAUGAAGUUGUUGUUUACGAUGAUGAUGGCAGAACUGAUGAUGUUUGCUUUAUCAGUCCUUGCUCGUACUCACCUAACGAGAAUAUUUUUGAUAGAAACCGGCAACAACAUCACCAGCAACAACCUAUUCAACAUAAGCAACAACCGCAACCACAUCAACUGCAACAAUCCCACCAACAACCAAAUCAACUAUCACAACAACAAAUAAUGCAAUUUAUGAAAAUUAAACACGACGUUCAACCUGCUGAACAUCAUCAACAACAAUUCCAACAGCAACAGCCUAAACAACUACACCAACAUCAACAGAAUUCUCAACAUCAACAACAACAUCAUCUGCCACAACAAUUCCAUCAGCAGCCUCAGCAACUUCUGAACUACCACUUCAAACAACAAUACAACCAACAACAAGAACUGCAAGUGAAACGGCAGCAAUUGCAAACGAUGCAACUCAACUUUGAAGAAGAAAUUCCUGAUAAGCAGCAACAAUCUGCUGAUCUCAACAACGUUCAUUUACAGAUGCAACAAAAAGAUCCACUCACACACCAGCAAAGUGAGCAGAAACAACAUCCUCAAUAUUUUCAACAACAAAGCCCACUUUCGAAGUCGUUGCUGCAGCAAAGGUUACUGAACGCAACAAAUAUGAAUAAUGCAAACGAGUAUGACAUCAAAAACUGCAAAAACUACAACAACAGCACCGACAUCAACAACAAUUCUGGUUUCAGCCUCAACAACACAUCAACAGCAUCAACAACAGCAACAUCAGUUUCAUUAACAACAUCUAGUAUGACUGCCACAACAAAAACCACAACAACAUCGUCAUCAAAAGCACCAACAUUGGUUCCAGCGUUUGCCACUGUAGUCAAGAACAACAACAUGUUGACAGUUCAAAAAGCAACAUCAACAAAACUUGCAAAGCGUUUCAACUGCGUGAAGUUAACUGCAACCACACCAAACGUCGUCAGGAGUUGUAGUAGCAGCAGCAGUAGCUGCUGUGCCGAUCAGCUUGAAAACGUGCCUACAAAAUAUUUAAAUAAUAGUAACAAUAAUGAAAAUAAUAGUAGCAAUAAUAAUAAUAAUAAUAAUUAUAAUAAUAAUAAUAACAACAAUGCUAGAAUUAUAAAUAAAAAUUUAAAUAAAUCUUCUAACGAUCUCUCAGCCAAAUGCCAGAGAAACAGAAAUUCAAACAACAGUAACAACAGCAACAACAACAACAAUAUUACUCACAAUAACAGCGUCUAUAACAAACAACCGUCAGCAAAAUUAGUUCAAAGACCUCAGAGUCUAAACACAAACAACAACAAUAACAACAACAAAAUUCAGCAAAAUACAACAGCAAAGUUCAACACAAACAAUUUAAUGCCAAACAACAACCCCAACAAAAAGACGCAAAAAACAACAACAUCAGCUCUAAAUGAAUCAAUUAGACCAUCAUCGGCUUCAUCAAAGAACAACAACAACAACAUCAGCAACAGAAUCAAGAGCGCUCCUGCAAAUAAUGCCAAACUAGCAUUAACUAAAUUUUUAAAGAGCAACAUGGCAGCAGCAAAUUACGACAACAAUGAUUUCAACAAUGACAACGAAAGCAACGACGUCAACAACCUCAUUGUUGAAAAUCAUUUUUUAAAACAAGUUGUCUUUGACGCCAAUGUCCUGGCAGCAAAACAACAACAACCUCCAAUGCACUUGCAACAACUUCUGAAAAACUCCUACCAACAUCAUUCGCAAUACUACCAUUUGGAUUUUCACCAACAAAGACAACAACAACAACAACGAAGCCUGCAACAGAAUGACCCACAACUUCAACACUCGCCAUCUUACAUGAAAGCCAGAGAAUCGGCAUCAACAGCAUUCUCCGAGCCCACGUAUAGCGUCGACGAUGACAACCUCAACGAUCUGGCUCUGAGAAAUAGCAGUUGCAGCAACUUGUUUACAUACAGUGAUUACAACAACAUCAACAACAACAUUGUCAGCAACAUCAACAACAACAACAAAAACUACAAAAAUAAUGGCAAAAACGAGAACAUCAACGUUAAUAACAAUAACAACAACGGAAACAAAAUCUGCAACAUGUUCAGUGGGAAUAAUAUUUGGUCAAACAAUGAAGAGAAUAAAUUUUUAAACAAUAGUUUGAUCGCGAACAACGCAAACAACAACAAUGGAGGUUUUGUAGAUAGCAACAAUAACAUCCACAACAAACUGGUUUCAAGCAAAAGCAAAAAUAUUCACAACGUCAUCAGCAAGUACAAUUUCAACAACAACAACAUCAGUGAUAUCAUCAACAACAACAACAUCAAUGAUAUCAUCAACAACAACAACAUUAAUUAUCCUCUGGACAGCACUUUCCCACCGUUCAAUUAUCCACUGUUAACUUCCUCCUUAAAUUUUUCUAGGUUCAUUAUUUUUGUUACAGCAAUUCUUCAUUCACUUGUUACGCCACUUGUUUGUUAA